GGGUGGGGGUGGCAGGCCUCUGGGCACUGCGGGCCUUUCGGACCCCUCCCCGGCGCCCCGGGGCUGUCCAGGUGUGGCGGGAGCGUCCUGGCCACUCCUCCGGUCGAGGCGUCUGUGCAGAGCGUGUUGCGUGGCCUGUUCUCGUGUGAGGCUGUAGAACUUCCUCAAAACAUCUUGGAAAAGGAGGGGAAUGCGGGUUCGGUUCCCUGCCUAACGUGUUGCUUGAAGAUGAGGUGGAAGGGCCCCGAUCUCUGGUUGCAUGGUGACGUGUCUCCUUUGGAAAACCACAAGUGCUGAUGUCUAGCCUGAAGGCAAACAAAGAGGCUGAAAGUAAUAAAGCUCUUGCGACCUUGAUGCUGGAGGCACGAGGAACUCAAAGAUUUAUUCACUAAACUGGAGAAGGAUGGAGAUGGAAGGGUGAGCUUAGAGGAGUUGCAGCUUGGCUUGUUCAGCCACAUGACCACCUUUUUCCAAGGUGCAUCAACGUUUCUCAAGCAGCGAAGACUGUCAGCGCUUCAUGGAGUGAGCUGAAAGGCAGAAAGAUUUCUUGGUAAAAAGGAGCCUGGUUGAUGCUUUGUCCUGCAGCUCCUUGGAGAGGCUGAGUAGCAGCACAGAGGAGCAGGUAAGCCUGGCAGAGCUGCCUGCAGCUUUGGACAACGCACUCAUGGUCCCCAGGAGCGGGCUUCAGCAUGCAGCCGUCACCUCCUACGGAUACAAACUGCAGUGCCUCAGGAUCCAGGUGAGGCAGAUCGCCAGGGAGAGGGACAAGGCAAGGCUGGACUUGGAAAAAGUGGAGAGACGCUGCCUGCAGCUUGGAAGAGAGUUAGACGAGCAGUACGUCGCUCUCGAGCACACCCAGAGCAAGCUCAGGGACAUUCAGGCAGACAUAGAGGCAAAAGAGCUGCUUUUGCAGCAAGCAAUCAAUCACCAAGUAAAGCUGGAGGCUGAUACACAGUUCCUCCAGGGCAAAGAGGCCAGCCUGCAAAGGCGAUUGAACCACACAAUGAAGGAGAACAUACAGCUGCAAAACAAGGUCACGGAGAUGGCUGAGAAACUGGUGGCCUCUGAGAAGCUGGUGUUGGAGCUGCAGAAAGAACUCAACCGUGUUGUGAAGGAUGAGCUGGGCCAGGAGGAGCCCCACAGCCCAGAGCUCCUGGACCAGAGCAAGUGCUUUGCAGAGAUUGUCUUGGAGUAUGAGCGGCAGUGCCAGGUGCUGUGGGACCAGAAUGGAGUGCUGCGGAGGGAGCUGGAAAGGCUGCGUCUCCAGCUACAGGAGAGCAGGACUGAGAGAGGGCUGCCAGCAGGAGGCCUGUCCUCACAGGGCUCCUCUCUGCCACUGUGUCAUGCUCCCAGCACUCUUGUUCCCACAGCUGCAUGCACAGAGACGUCACUGUCAAUGGAGCCAUUCCAAGAGCAGCUGCAGGACCUGAAGGUACAGCUGGAAACCAAGAUAAACUAUUACAAGGAGGAAAUCGAGUUAAUGGAGAAAAACACUGAGAGAGAGAGGAAGGACAGUGAGGAAAGCUUCAAGGCUGAGAUGUGCAAGAUGGAAGACCAGAAGAGAGACCUGGAAGAAACAGUUGCAAAGUACUGGGCUGUAAUUGAUAGCCUGAAAGAGCAAAAAUGUGUGUGGAGCCUGAAGUUGGAGGAGUGGUUUGAGUUGGAGCAGGCCAGGGUGGGACAACAGCACACUGAAGACAUUUACCAUCCAGGGCAGCAGCUGGAUGAGGAUCGAGAAGAGCUGAGGAUGCAGCGCAGGGACAGAGAGAGCAUGAGGGGAGAGCUGUGCCAGCUGCUGAAGGAGAACAGCUUGCUGAAAAGUCAACUUGGGAGACUCCAGCAAGAGCUGAGACUAGCAAAGGAGAAGGGCAGUGAACAUGAUGAGAAGCACGUGAACGAGUUGGGCAGAGAGAAGGUGGAGGAUCUGGCAGAUAUAGCAGAGUUAACAGUGUUGAGUGAGAAGAGCAAGGGGCAGGUCUCUCACCUGAAUGUCAAGAUGCGUCAGCUGGGCCACGAACUCACUGAGCACAAGGCCGGCCAUGGUGCUGGCCCUGGCACUGUCCAGCUGCAGAGCCAGAGGCUUGUGGAGGCUGAGCGGCUACAAGGAGCAGAUAUGGCCACAAGGCUGGAGCACCGCCAGCAGCAUGCAGCAUGUUGGAUGGAGACAGAGCUGCUCCGACAGCAGCUCAAGGCCUCAGAGGAGAAGCUCUUGGAAGCCAAAGCAAGCCUGAGUCUGGCCCGGACUCGACACGCUCUGCAGUUGCAGCAGGCCAAGACCCAGAUGAACAACAUGGUGCCAAAGAAGCAGUUUGAGCAGCUGCAAAACAGCUUGAGGGAGGAACAGUGCAAGGCUCAGCAGCUCCAGGAAAACCUACACCGGCAGGCUGAGCAGACACGCAGGCAACUGGUCAGGACUCAGGAGGAACACGAGCAUCUGCUGCAGGCAGCUGUGGAGCAGGCGGAGGGGUUGGACCACAAUCUGAGGAGCACUGAAGCUGUGCUGGCACAGAGGGUGGCUCAGCUCAAAGACACCCAGGCCCAACUCUCCAGGAACAAACUGCUGAUCAAAGACCUCCACAAGGAGAACAGCGGGUUUGCAAUGGCUCUGCAUGCGGCUAAGCUGAAGCAGAAGAGCACUGAGGAGAAGAACCAGCUGUUGGAGGAGCAAGCCUCAGCUCUGAAGCAACUCAUAGGAAAAAUCACACCAGCAUCUCUGAGUGGUUGAUAGGGCACCCACUGUGGCAGCCCUGCCCCUUGUCCUGGCUGGGGUUUGUCAGGUGCGGAAGGGAAGGUUUGGCUGGGUUGGGACAUCAGCUGUGUCCUCUCUCUUCUUGCGAGGACUUCCCUGGGUAGAAAGUAAAAACCAGAGAAGCUAGACACAGUCCUUUAAGGAAAUUGGUCCUGUGGAUAGCUGAAUUUUCCUACUGAAAGCACUAGCUUUGGUGCCUUCCUCUGGCAGAGUGUGCUGUUUUAAGUCAAGUCCAUCUCAGGGCAGCCAUCCUACAGGAGCUGCCUGCAUUCUGGCAGCGUGUUUGGUGGUGGUGUAGAUGUUCCCUUGCUGUGGAGGGCUGCUGUUAGGGCCACGCUGUUAUGGCUGGAAAGACAGGGCAAGAGGGCUUGCAGGUUCCUGCGUCUGUAUCACUCUGAGCAGGAAAGCUGUUGUGGCAUUAAAAUGUUUGCAGUGUUACAGCACC